CGCUGCUAAAACACUUCUGCGCUUCUAGAAGGGCACGAGACAGACGAAAGAGCCGGCGCAGAUUUAACUACUGGGAAAUACUGAGACGCAAGAUUUGUUAUAUGAUCAAUCGCGUCUGUUGUGGAUUUUACUGAACUGAGAUCAUGAAUUAAGCGGCACGCGCUGAUUACUUCAUUUACGAGGCUUUAACCGGCUGGAAUCGCUGCAAUUUAAAGGCGUCUGUAGGACCACUUGGUCUCUUUUGCCCUUCUGACAUGGGAUUUUAACUUUCUACACCGCACGCGCACCUGGAGUCAGUUCGCUUGGUUUUACAUUUGCGCUCUUCCAGAAAUGGUGGGCCAUUUACAUUUGCAAGCUAUGGAUGAGAGUUUGAAAGGAAAGAACCGGGAGGGACUGUUGGACAGUCCGGAUUCCGGACUGCCUCCGAGUCCCAGUCCGCCCUUCUACUCUUUGUCGCCGGGGAUCCUGGAGUCGCGCUCCGGCAGCUGCUCAACACCGACUGAGCUGCAGGGUUACAGCAGGAGAGAGAGCCGUGAGGGCAAACUGCUACCAUACUUGCUCCUGAACUCUCAAGGUCCAGAUGCUAAAUCGCGCAUGUACCCUGUGGUCUAUGGAGAGAGCAUUGAGGUCAACCCCAAACCAGAAAAAGAGAUCAAGUUUAACUCUGCAGUGAGGUAUGAUUCAGACAGACGCUUUCGUGACCAGGUGUACUGCGCCCAAGUCCCAACAGUCACGUCGUUCAGCGAGUCAGUGGUGGCGGUACAGAACUGCACAUGGCGCAGCUACAAGUCAGAGGUUCACUUUGAGCCACGGCUCAGGCCGCUACACUACCAAAGCACAACCUUUGUGUUCCCCAAGCACACUAGGAAUACGUACCGCACUACGCUUAACUUCAACGGCAACAGAAACGGAGCUGGGCAGCGACGGUUCAUGUCCACGGUCAGACUGGAAUCCACAGAGGAUGCCAGUCCUUGUAUCAUUUACACAGAAGACCUCUGAGACUUCCCGAGAGGUGUGUUAUUGUUCCCAAAACUCAAAAACUCCCCUUGGUUAGAGAGCUACAAUGAAAGUGCUUGGACUUCUGUUACCAAAACCGUAAAAAAACGGAUGGCUAGAGACUUCAAAGGAAAAAGAUGAAAGUCAGUGAGGGACACUUUGUUCAUUCGCUGCAGGUUAGGUUUGGUACUUGAGCUGAAGCUGUCUGUGUGCAGUCUUUGCAGUAUAUUUGUGUGUUACGUGUGGUGUAUUUAUGUUCAUUUGAGGUUUUUUAUUUUAUUUUAAUAUCCAGUCAUACCUCUCAAGAGGAGUGACGAGCGUAAGGGUGAAAUUUCUUGCUUAUUGGCGGGCAUGCACAUUUACAAACUUCUACACAUCCCUCAUGUUUUGCGUGUUAAAUUAAAAUCAUUUUUGUAUGUUUGAGGUACUGGCAAUUUGCUUGGUUUCAUUUGCAACAUUAUAGUACCUUUUUUAGUAUUUCUAAUUCAAACCAAUGCGGGAAACACCCGAGUUUGAUUUCGACGAUUAUCGUUAGUAAAGACAUUUACGAUACUGACAUCAUUUAAAUGUAAGUGUAAAGACAAACACACU